ACCAGGCGGGUGGUCCGGCGCCGGUUUGGAGCCCAGCGGCGGGCCGCGGCUUUAAUGAACAUCGGGAGGCGGCGUCCCGGACGGAGGAGCGGCCGGUACCGGAGCCGCCAACAGCAAACAUCGCGGGCUGCCGCACGAAGUCUUUUCAGGACUGCGCAGGCGCGGACAUCAAAGGUGGAGGAAUCGCGGCUGGGUAUCUCAGACGGAAUAUCACAUCAGGUCUACACCCCACUCAUCUCCCCAGCACCUGAAUAUCAUUGGCCUGUGAACGUGGAAGGAGAGAUGCUGGUUUGUUUCACUUCAGACCCCAGGCAGUGAGCGCUGUUGCAGGGCACCGACCGUGACACAUUGGGGAGAUGACACACUGUCUACGGCGGUGAGGGGAGAAACCACUUGUGUGUGGUUGGGAAAGGAACACCCACUGCAACGAGAAACUGUGUGUGACACGCUGGGGGAGGUGAGCUCACCUGAUCUGUGACUGGGAACGUGUUCACCACAUCCUUGUUUCUGCACCAGUGAAACAUUCAUUCUUUUGACUGAGAUGAACUUGAUCCAUUUCCCUGAGGAUAUUCAAAUGUUCUUUCCACCUGUUUCCAUUUGAGGAAAGUAAUUAAUUGGGUCAUCUUUUACUGACUGAUCGCUGAGGUCCUGGAAAAACGUUGUCACCCUGCUUCAGGCGCAUGAAGGAACUCACUCGGUGAUGAGACGCUGUCAAAUUCACACCAGGGAAAGGUCAUUCACCAUCUCCUCAUGUGGGAAAGGAUUCACUCACUCAUCCCACUUAGUGAUACACCACUGAGCUCACAACACAGAGAGACCAUUCUGCUGCUCUCGUUGUGAAAGAGCGUUCAACCAGUCAUCCAACCUCCUGACACAUCUGACUGCCAGAAAGAGUUAAGCAGCUUAGCGACCUGAUGAACCACCAGCAAAUUCCCACCGGUGAGAGGCCCUUCACCUGCUGUCACUGUGGAAAGGGCUUCAAAAAUUCCUCCGGACUACAGAGACACCAGCUGGUCCACACCAGGGAGAGGCCAUUCGUCUGCACUGAGUGUGGGAAUGGGUUCACUCAAUCAUCUGACCUGUUGACGCACCAACGAAUUCACACUGGAGAGCGGCCAUUCGUAUGCCGUGAGUGUGGUAAGGGAUUCACUCGUUCAUCCAACCUGCUGACACACCAACGAAGUCACAUGGGGGUGCGGCCAUUCGUCUGCACUGAGUGUGGGAGGGGAUUCACAAGGUCGUCCGAGCUUCUGAGGCACCAACGCAUUCAUAAUGGGGAGAGGCCCUAUGUUUGCUCGGAGUGUGGGAUGAGGUUCACUCGUUCGUCCCACCUGCAGUCACACCAACAAACUCACACCGGGGAGCGGCCGUUCAUCUGCUCUGAGUGUGGGCGGGGAUUCACUCGGUCAUCCGAGCUUCGGACACACCAACUCAUCCACACCGGGGAGAGGCCCUAUGUCUGCUCCGAGUGCGGGAAAGGAUUCACUCGUUCAUCCCACCUGCAGUCACACCAAAAAAUUCACAAUGGGAUGCGGCCAUUCAUCUGCUCUGAGUGCGGGAGGGGAUUCACUUGGUCGACCGAGCUUCGGACGCACCAACGUAUUCACACCGGAGAGAGGCCCUUCCCCUGUUCUGAGUGCGGAAAGGGGUUUACUCGGCCGUCUGACCUUCUGAAGCACCAACGAAUUCACACCGGAGAGCGGCCGUUCAUAUGCAGUCAGUGUGGCAAGGGGUUCACUCGAUCGUCCCACCUGCGUACACACCAACGAAUUCACAACAGGGAGUAGGCUUUCAUCUGCUCCGAGAGAGACGGGAUUCACUCAGUCUGACCUUCUGACGCACCAACAAAUUCACACUGGGGAGAGGCUGCUCACCUGCUCUGAAUGUGGAAGAACUUGUCUGUCGUGUCACCUCAAGCACCAGCGAACUCACACUGAAAGGGCAGUUCAAAUCUGCAGAACCUAUGUAGGGCAUUUAAAUUGCAGCUGCUGAGAGAGUGGUGAGUUCACAAGUGACUGCAGGAACUGAUUCUGCAGUUAUUGCUGCUGUUGAUCACAUCCAGGUUUGGACCCUGGUUACUGGGCACAUUUGGGUUGUUUCCCCUGGAACCGCAGGUACAUUUGUAUUCUGCAUCAAUUAUAAAUAAAUCUGUUUGGUGUGAAUGAACAGGGCUUGAAAUGAUAACACCUAUGAAUUUAUAGUUUGCUGCUCCUUUCCACCCCUGAUUCUCCCAUGACGACUGGAUCAUGGACCUCUGGAUUACGCCUCUUGAAGUCAAUAAUCAAUUCAUUGAGUAACUGGUUGUUGUUGUGACACCACUAAACCAGAUUUUCAGUCUCCCUCCUUUCUGCUAACUUGUCACCACCUUUGAUUCAGCCAGCAGCAGCGUGUCAUCAGCAAAUUUGAAUAUGGCACUAGAGCUGUGCUUAUCCACACAGUCAUAAUUGUAAAGUGAGUAGAGCAGGGCUAGGCACGCGGCCUUGUGGUGCACUUGUGCUGAUGGAGAUUGUGGAGGAGAUUUGUUGCCAAUCCAAACUCACUGGGGUCUAUAUAUAUAUAUAUAGCCAUCUGUUAGUCUCAUGAGACCAUGGAUUUGUGCCUUGGAGGGUUUCUAGGGUGCAGGCCUGGGCAAGGUUGUAUGGAAGACCGGCAGUUGCCCAUGCUGCAAGUCUCCCCUCUCCGCGCCACCGAUGUUGUCCAAGGGAGGGGCAUUAGGACCCAUACAGCUUGGCACCAGUGUCGUCGCAGAGCAAUGUGUGGUUAAGUGCCUUGCUCGAGGACACACACGCUGCCUCAGCCAAGGCUCGAACUAGCGACCUUCAGCUCACUAGACCAACGCCUUAACCACUUGGCCACGCGCCAAUGCUGGGGUCGACAAGUAAGGAAAUAGAGGAUCCACAAUUGCAGAGGGACGUAUUGGCGCCAAGGUCGAGAAUCUUAUUGAUUAGUUUUGAGGGUAUUGAAUGCUGAGCUGUAGUGUAUAAAAAGCUUCCUGAUGUCUGUAUCUUUGCUGUCCAGCGUUGAGUGAAGAGCCAGUGAGAUGUCAUCUGCUGUGGAUCUUUUGCUGCGGUAGGAAAAUUGGAGAGGGUCCAAGUCACUUCUCAGGCAUGAGUUUGUGUGUUUCAUCGCCACCCUCUCAAAACUGUGGAUGUAAGUGCUUCUGGAUGGUAGUUAUUGAGGCAGGUCACCAUGUUCUUUUUAGACACCGGUGUAGGUGAAGUGUGCUUAAAGCAGCUGGGUACCUCAAACUGCCUAAGCGACAAGUUAAAGAUCUCAGUGAAAAUUACAUCCAGAUGAUCAUCUUAGGUCUUUAGCAUUUGGCUAGGCACACAGUGUCGAGGUGGGAUGCUUUGCACGGGUCACUUUCCUGAGGGCUGCUUGCACCUUAGCCUCAAACUGAAAUCACAGGGUUAUCAGUGGCUGUGGGAGUUUGUGAUGGUUCCUCCGUGUUCAGGUGGUCAAAGUGAGCGUAGAAGGCGUUGAGCUCAGCUAUAUCACCUCACCUGUCAGGGAAGUUAGUGCAGGAGUCAGCAAGUUGUGUCGCAACUGCACGAGAUAUUGUGACCACACUUGGAGUUUAUAUGUAUUUCCGGUCACCUAACUAUUGGAAUGAUAACAUUAUGAAGGCAAAUGUGCAAAAUAGGUUCACAAAGAUGAUACCAAGGCUGGAUGGCAUGAGUUAUAAGGAGAGACUGGAUAGAACUUAGAAUAGUACGGCAGAGUCUGGGCCCUUUGGCCCAUGAUGUUGUGCUGACUUUUUAACCGACUCUAAGAUCAAUCUAAUCCUUCCUUGCUGUAGAGCUCUCCAUUUUUUUCUGUCAUUGAUGUGCUUAUCUAAGAUUUUCUUAAAUGCCCCUGAUGUAUUUGCUUCUACCAUUUCUGGCAGGGUCUUGCGCUCACUCACUACUCUCUGGCUUUUAAAAAAAAACUCUGCUGGGUUCAUUCCCUGGAGCACAGUAGUUAGAGGUGUUGGCCAUCAUCAAAUUAAAGUAAGCAAGAAAACAUCAAACUUGAAUGAGUCAAUGAGAGUGUAAGUAAACAAACCAGAUGUUUUUGUUCUUGCCAUGUGCCUGAAGGAAUAGAGUAUACCAUUUUGUGAAGCUCUUCUGUAACCUCCAUGUUGUGAACUGUUUCGACUGAUUCUUGUCCUGCAAUAACUUGAUCAGAGCCAUUUGAACAUGGACACAAGGAGUUUCUGCUAUUGAUUUACUCAACCUGAGAUCAUUUUCAGAUAAGCUGUUUGUGUACAAUAUCAGAUUCGCAGAAGCGAUCUUGUUAUCUCGGCCCAGUGACUGGUGACAAGGUUUGACUGCUUUGAAUCAGAGUCGAAUAGAACAAAAGAAGUCAUCUACGGCCAAAAUUGUGUAGCCCUUGGACUACAUCCAGUAGGAAUCUGUCACAGAUCGGUCAGAUAACCUCAAUUCGAUCAGAUUGAAAUGCAACAUUUGAACUGAUGAGUAAAGACUAAAAGUAAAAGGCUUCAAAUGCAAUGUGGUGAGAACUCUGGAGACUAACAAGUGCAAUGAACAACCCAUGCCAGGGGCUGGGAGGGAAAAGGAUCAAUCAUCUGGCCAACAGGAGAUUCCAUUUCGGUGUUAUAACUGGAGACAUGGUUUAAGUGAGUAUUGGUGCAGAGGGAUCAGUAGAAUUCAUGUUUUAAGUUGUUGGCCCCAGGGGUCAACAUAGUUACGUUGUUGCUUGGGCAGAGACAGUAAAAUAAAAUGCAGAGACAAUAAAAUGCAAGCUUCAAUUUAAUAAGAGUUGCGUAGUGAGUUUUUACCUAGAUUAGUUUUCGAUCAGAGUUUGGUGCCCUGGGGUGCGCUCUUAAAGAAAGAAUAGAAAUCUCGAGCUCUUGUUUUGAGUUGAACCACCCACUAGGUUAGGAUUUUAAAAUGGGAAAAUGAAGGUACAGGAGGAGCCCAGGGAGUUUGGAGGAUUGGAAUGUGAAUCAGAUUCAAUAUCACAAGCAUAGGUCAUGAAAUUUGUUAAAUUUGCGGCAGCAGUAGAAUGCAACACAUAAUAACAGAAAAAGACAAUUACAGUAAGUAUAUAUUUGACUCAACUCUAAUAAGUAGUGCAAACAUAAAAAAAAUGAUGAGGUGGUGUUCAUGGGUUGAAUGUCCAUUCUGAGGGGAAGAAACUGCUCCUGAAUCAUUGAGUGUGUACCUUCAGGCUUCUAGACAUCCUUGCUGCUGGUAGCAAUGGGAUGAGGACAUGUCCUGGGUAAUGGGGAUCCUCAAUGAUGGAUGCUGCCUUUCUGAGGCAUUGCUCCAUGUAGAUGUCCUGGAUACUCUGGAGGCUAGUGCCCAAGAUGGAACUAAGUUUGCGACUCUCCGCGGCUUACUUCGACUCUGUGCAGUAGCCGUGCACACCCCCCCCCACCCCACCCAUGGCCCCAUACCAGACAGGGAUGCAGCCAGUUAGAAUGCUCUCCACGGUACAUCUAUAGAAAUUUGCUCAUGUUUUAGGUUACAUAUCAAACCUCCUCCAGCUCCUGAUGAAAUAAAACCACUGUCUUGCCUUUGUUAAGCUGCAGCGAUGUAUUGGGUCCAGGUUAAAUCCUCAGAGAUAUUGGCACCCAGGAACUUGAAAUUGCUCACUCUCUCCACUUCAGAUCGCUAUGAGGACUGGUGUGUCGUCCAUCAUCUUGCACUUUCUGAAGUUCACAAUCAGUUCUUUGGUCUUACUCACAAUGUUGUUGCUGUGACCCCAUUCAACUAGCUGAUUAAAUCUUGCUCCUCAUCACCAUCUGAAAAUCUGCCAACAUGGUUGUGUCAUCAGCAAAUUUAUAGAUGCUAUUUGAGCUGUACUUAGCCACACAGUCAUGGCUGUAGAGAGAGUAGAGCAUUGGCUAAGCACCCAUCCCUGAGGUGCAUCAGUGUUGAGUGUCAAUGAAGUGGAGCUGUUAUCUCUGAUCCACAGAAAUUGUGAUGUUCCAGUUGAACAGGAAGUCGAGGAUCCAGUUGCAGGGGGAGGUACAGAGGCCCAGGUUCUGGAGUUUUUCAAUCAGAACUGUAGGAAUGAUUGUGUUAAAUGCUGUGCUAUAGUCAACAAGCAUCGGUAUUUGUACUGUCCAGCUGAUUCAAGGUCAUGUGAAGAGCCAAUGAGAUCGCAUCUGCCAUAGAUCUAUUGUGGUGAUAGGAAAGUUGCAGGGGGUCAAGGUCCUUGCUGAGACGGAAGGUAAUUCUAGCCAGAACCAACCUUCCAAAGCACUCCCUCACUGUAGGUGUGAGUGUUACUGGGUGAUAGUUGUUGAGGCAACCCAUGCUCCCCUUCUUAGGCUCUGGUAUAAUUGUUGCCCUCUUGAUGCAGGUGGGAACUUCCUAAUGUGGCAAUAAGAGAUUACUUUCUUGAUUAUACAUUAAGGGAAUGAUGAUGGUGAUAACAAUUGGAUAGGAACAGUUGAGAAUGGAGGGUCAGGAAUCCUGGGGGAUGCAUUGCGGAAGGUAGCUAGUGAAAAUAAAUCAGAGAAGUUACAAGAUAUUUUAAAAGAAAAAAGCUGUCAUAAUGGGAUGUAUGUUGGAAGAUCAAACUGAAGAGCAAACAGAAAAACAGGAUUACCAGAAUUGUGCAAGUGUAUUGAAGAGCUAGAGAAAGAGUUGGAGAGAAAGGAAAGAAAAUAAAAUUCAGAGGCAGCAGGGUCAAGUGAAUUUGACAGGAAUCCGUUUCAGGCUCAGUGUGAACGUGUGACAAGAGAAAAGGGGAAAAGUGAAGAGGAGUGUAAAAGGGUGAAUACAGAAGUAGAGAAAUGGAAAAGUCAGUGUCAGGAUUUACGGACUGCUAUGAAAGUCAUGCAGAAUUCAGCAGGUGAGAAGAAAGGAACUGCCGAUCACACCAAAUGUUUAAAACAGAUUGAAAAGUUGCAAAGUGAACUCAGUUCAGAGAGGAGUGACGUGUAUUUAAUGUGAUAACUGAUGGUGAUGUAGAUUGGGGUGAUCUAGUGUCUGAGGCAACACACUGUAAUAGUGAGGAUGAUUAGAGAAGUGCUCCACCUUCACGUGGAGAGUUCAGCAACAUAGGAUAAUUUCACAGUUUAGAUGAAACAGAGGAAAGGAAAUUAACCCUUCUGUGCUUAACUUUAGUAUUAACCUCAGCCCUGCUGGAGAAACAGGCACAGAGCCAGGGGUUACAGGGUGAUUUACAGGAGCUAUGUUAGAAGCUGCAGGGAGUAAUUGAGGUGACCUGGUAGAGGCUUUGCAUAUGUGCAGAGAGCAGAAGAGGGGAGCACCCCUCAACGUGAUGAGGUUCUGACCAAUUUUCACGAGUGUGUAUGGAUCUACUUUGGAUAGGAUUGGGGGAUUUCAACUUCCCUAAUAGUGCAAGGAGAUUAGAUGGGGCAGAAUUGUUAAGUGUAUCUAGGAAAGUUUCUUAAAUCAAUAAGUGGAUGGUUCAACAAGAGGAGGGGCCGUGCUGGACUUGGCGUUGGGUAAUGAGCCUGGCCAGGUGACUGACCUUUCAGUGGGUGAGCAGUUAGAAAACAGUGACCACAACUCCUUAACUUUCAGGAUGGCUAGAGAUAAGGAUAGGUAUAGUCAUUGUGGGAGAAUUUUAAAUUGGAGUAGAAUAAAUUACGGGAGAAGACCUUUUCUUUGGCAAGUCCACAUCAGACGUGUGGAGGAUGUUUCAAGAUCAGUUAUACAGAGUACAGGAAAUGUAUGUUCCCGUUAAAAGGAGGAACCGGGAUGGAAAGGUGAGAGAACCUUGGAUGUCCAGAGAGGUGAUGAGUUCAGACAAGAAGAAAAAGGAAAAGUAUGUUAAGAUUUGAAAGUUAAGAUCAAAUGAAGCACAUGAGUAUAAAAAAGCCAGAAAAGAACUAAAGGAGGAAAUUAGGAAAACCAGGAGGCGCCAUGAAAACUCCUUGGCAAGUAGGAUUCAGGCGAAUCCAAGGCAUUCUACACAUACAUCAAUAGGCAGAGGAUAACUAGGGAGAGGGUGGGUCCACUCAAGGAUAAAGGGGGGAACAUUUGCUUGGAUGCAGAGAAUGUGAGUGAAAUACCUUGCGUACUUUGCUUCAGCAUUUCCUAAGGGAAAUGAUAUGGAAGACCAGGAGGUCAAUGCUGAGUGUAUAAAUAUGUUAGGGCAUUUGGAGCUCAAGGAGGAGGAAGUGUUGGGCCUCCUAAUGAGUAUUAAGGUGGAUAAGUCCCAAGGGCCUGAUGGGAUCUACACCAGGUUAUUGAAGGAGUCAAGAGAUGAGAUUGCUGGGACCUUGACCAGUAUCUUCAUGCCACCUCUAGCCACAGGCAAUGUCUCAGAGGACUGGCGAGUGUCUAAUUUUGUACCUCUGUUUAAGAAAGGAACAAGGGAAAAUCAUGGGAGCUAAUAGACCAGUGACUCAAUUCAGUAGUUGGGAAAUUGCUCACUAAAAUUCUUAGGGAGAGGAUAUGUGAGUAUUUGGAGACCCCGGCCUGAUUGGGGAGAGCCAGUAUGGCUUUGUGCAGGGCAAAUCGUGCCUUACCAACUUGAUUGAGGUUUUUGACAAGGUGACAAGGGAGAUUGAUGAGGGUAGGGCAGUGGAUGUUGUCUACAUGGAUUUUAGUAAGGUAUUUGACAAAGUCCCCUGUGGGAGGCUAACCCAGAAGAUGCAUUGGGAUGAUGACAAAUUGGCUGUUUGAAUUUAGAAUUGGCCUGCACAUAGAAGACAGAGGAUAGUGGUUGAAGGGACUUAGUCGAGUUGGAGAUCUGUAGUUAGUGGAGUUAUGCAGGAAUUUGUGCUGGAACCUCUGCUCUUUGUAAUGUAUAAGAAUGAACUGGGUGAAAAUUUAGAAAGCUGAGUUAGUACAUUUGCAGAUUAUACCAAGAUUGGAAGAGUUGUGGAUAGAAUAGAAGACUGGCAAAGAAUGCAGUGUUAUAUAAGUCAGUUUUAGAUUGGACUGAGAAAUGGCAGACGAAUAUGAGGUGUUACAUAUUGGUAGGGCAAAUGCAGGAUCCUUAAUAGUAUUGCUGAGCUGAGAGAUAUUGGGAUUCACGUCCAUAGCUCCUUGGUAGUGGCUGCACAGGUUCAGAAGUUGUUAAGAAGGCUUAUGGAAUGGUUUUUAUUGGUCAAGGCAUUGAGUUCAAGUUGCAACUUUAUAAACCUCAGGUUAGGUCACAUCUGCAUACAGAUCUGGUCGGUCCAUUAUAGGAAGGCUUUGGAGAGGGUGCAGAAGGGCUUGUUUCUCUGGAGCACCAGAGGCUGAGAGGAGAUCUGAUAGAGGUUUACAAGAUUAUGAGCGGCAUAAAUAGAGUAGAUGGGGAGUCGUUUUUUUCCCCAAGUUAGAAAAGUCUGAUACCAGAGGGCCUGCAUUGAAGGUCAGAGGGAGUAGGUGAGGGGGGAUGUGAGGGGUAAGUUUUUUUACUUAGUCAUGGCUGCCUGGUAUGGUCGUAGGGGCAAAUACAUUAGAGACUUUUGAGAGACGUUUAGAGUGGCACAUGAAUCUGAGGAAAGUGGAGGGAUAUGGACAUUGGUUAGAGCAGUUAAACUUCUAAGCAAACUGUAUGCUCUUCCACCUGUUGCACUCAGCAACACUGGUACUUGUUUCUUAUUGGCUAUUUUGUUGCAUCAAGAUACUGCUCAGUUCAUUCAGUACACAUCAGCCAGUUACUUGUUGUGCAAUUGAACAUGUCUAUGUUUCCAAAGUAGCUAGUCAGCUCUACUUUUUUAAAAAAAAUUAUGAUUAUUCUAACCCAGUACUCAAUGUUAAUGAACCUGUGAAUUUUGUCAAUUUUCUGCCUUUUUUAAACUCUACUGUCUUUCUUCUCUGAAGAAAUUGUGCAGUAUUUUUUUAAACUGGAACAUCUCACUGCACCACAACAGUUAGGUAGUUACAUGUUAGCUGUUCACAUACUGUUAUAUAUAACCUGUAAUGAAUUAUUUAAACAAAGAAUGCUUAAACAAUAUAUUCACAAUAUUACUCAAAUAUUAAUGAAAUAUAUUUAAAAAAACAACAUGGAGGUUGAUACAUUCAUGAAUAAUAAGGGCAAUUAAGGCUCUGGAGAGAUGGCUGGAAAAUAGGGUUGGGAGGGAAAAUAAAGUGGCCAUGAUCAAAGGUUGGAGCAGACUUGAUGGGCUGAAUGGCCCACUUCUGUUCCUAUGUCUUUUGGUCUUUCCCCAAUGGAAUAACACAAUGGCCGUGGUCUUUUCACACCUGGGCAAUAUUCAGUCUAAGACUUGCCCUUUCUGUUCAGCUCGGAAAUCUGAUGGCACAAAGUCCAGGAACUUUCUGUCCAGUUUCCGAAUGAUUAAGGGAUCUUGAAGGAGCACAACCUUUGCAUUAAUGUCUUUGUCAUUGUCAAUGUAGAUCGACACACCACCUGCCUCGCAUGUUCAGUGGGAUUGCGGUCUGAGUCUGGAUACACAGAAUAGACCGUCCACCUGCACAGUUAUACCACAAGUGGACAGCCAGAGAACUUUUCCCAGGAUGGA